AUGUCGACCAUUUCCAUACAAUCCGUCCUCGCGUCUUUACACGCUCUCGUCCUUCCCCCAGCGCAGCCUUCUGCAAGAAAUAUGCUCGGCUCGUCGGCUGCACUCGGAGUAUUAAUACUGAUGCUGCGCUGGCUCUCUGCGCGAGGGGCAACGGCGCACCAGCUCAUCGGCGAUCCUGGCAAAGUAGGGCGGCCCGUCAAAAGCCGUGAGGACGAAUACGAUCCAGAAGAGUACGAUGUUAUCGUCGUCGGUGGCGUACAGGCACGGCUGGAUGUGUUCUCGCAUCGCGUCUAUCUGAAGACCGAAAUACACGAGUUUUGCUGCUGGAAGCAGGGAAGAGGUAUUUGUAUCCAAAGCCUCUCUCGUAAUGAGUUGUUCUCGCGAGUCCCGGCUCUGUUCCCGCAGGCGUUCUGCUCGGAACACGACCACAACAUAUAUACUGUCCCGCAGAAGCAUGCGGGAUUCAAGUGCAAGUACUGGCCUAGAGGGAAAAUGCUGGGUGGCUGCUCAUCGGUCAAUGCCAUGAUGUUCCACCAUUGUGCCCCAUCAGACUAUAAUGAGUGGGCUGCCCUUCAGAAAGGCAAAGAAGGUGCUGAAGGGUGGUCGUAUCAGCAAAUGCACAAGUACUUCAUGAAAUUCGAGAAAUAUCACCCGAACGAGAAGCAUCCCUCAGUGGAUGUGUCACUCCGUGGAUCCUCUGGACCUGUGAAUGUUGGGUACUUUGGCCAUGUCUCAGUGCUUACGCCAAAGUUCAUCGAGGCCUGCCAUAACGCGGGUGUCUCGUACAAUCCAGACCUCAAUACGUCGAAAGGAACUAUGGGUGUGACUGAGACAGCAACAUACAUAGACUCACGCAGACGCAGAGUGACAACCGAGACUGCCUACCUGACAGCAGAGGUCCUUGAACGAGAAAACCUCACGGUAGCCACGGGGGCGAAGGUGCUCCGGCUGCUGUUUGAGUAUCGGCGAUCUGGCGAAGAAUUCGGUCCACGUGUCAAAGGCGUACAAUACGCGAACGAUCACGGCAAUGUGUUCGAAGUCAAGGCGCGUAAAGAAGUAGUCAUCUCCUUCUCCUCAUUCCGUCACUUGAAGAUCUUGUUGCUUUCUGGAAUCGGGCCCGCGGACCACCUGGCUGUGCAUGGUAUACCCAGCGUGGCCGACCUACCAGGUGUCGGAGCGCACCUCAUGGACCAUGCCUCAGCCAAUUUGUACUUCAUGGACAAGAGCGGGGCGGAUGUGUCCGCCUUUACUGUGCAUGACAUCCGCUCAAUGCCUGGGCCGUCGCUCGCGCUCAAGCUCGCACGUGCUGCAUUGGAUUAUGUUGCCUUCGGUACCGGUAUGCUAUCCGGGAACAUCGUUGAGAGCCUGGCCUUCGCUCGUUCCGACGACCCCACGCUGUUUCCUCAUGAGAGGUUCCCGCCGAACAACAUUCCAGAAGACACAACUUCAGGGCCCGAUGCGCCUGACAUCGAGAUCGUGUUCACUCCAGUGGCAUUAUAUGAGCACGGGGUCUUGCCGUUCCCGAUAAAGGGCCAUCAUUUCUCACUGCUCGCGAUACUGCUGAGACCGACGAGCCUAGGCACUGUUCGUCUCAAGUCGGCAGACCCAUAUGCCGCGCCUGUUAUUGACCCUGCUAACAAAAAGGCCAACCGUCCUCGUCAGACAGAGCCCUUUGCAUCGCUCAUCGAUCCCGCGGGAGACGACAUCCCGCUGCUAAACCACAGGAUGGACAGACUGAGCGACACCGAGGUUGAGACGCUUGUACGCGACCGUGUGCAGACGGUCUACCAUCCGACUUCCACGGCACGUAUGGCGCCUCUUGAGGACGGCGGCGUCGUAGACCCGUUCCUACGCGUGCACGGUGUCCCGAACUUGCGGGUGGUCGACGCGUCGGUAUUCCCCACGAUCCCGUCAGGACAUACGGUGCGGAUUCUCCUCAUCUUGCAUUUUGUUCAAUGCAAGCUGAUAUUCGUAUCGGUAAAAGUCCGCACCUGUGAUUGCUGUUGCAGAGAAGGCAGCGGAUAUGAUCAAGGAGACUUUGACGAACCAUCGCCUGUCAUCUUCGUCAUGAUCAGCUCUGAAUAG